CGGAGGAGAUCGUGAAGAGGAGAUUGUUUCCAGUUCAUGUACAGAGCGCUCUUCAAGAAGGUGCAGUUGUUGCUUGGAUGAUUACAAGAACGGGUCUUUCUGUAAGAUAAGCUGGCUGCCUGCCAGGGAGCAGUCGUUUGCUACGUUGUGGAAGAGGCAAGCACCGGUUUCUCUUCGGCCGGGGUUCUGUUGCACGUUGGAGAGCUCUUUGGGGGAGGGGUUGAGUGGAAGGGUUCAGGGCAGUUGACAUCCGCAGACUGGUUCUCUCUCUUCGAACGCUGCGGGAUCCAGCGGCCGGUUCUAUCUUAUUGGAUGCGAAUCAUGAGAGCAAUGGAUUGCACCACACUCAGCUCUCCUGCAGGGGCGCGUUCUUCGUCGUGCGUGAAGAUUGGUUGGGCCAGUGGGUUGAUCGUUGUUGAGCUGACCAGUGGCGUGGGGAUGGCGGACUCGCAAACAGCUGAUGUGUUGGGUCCGGUGGUCUUCGUGGACAUGAAGACUAUUCCGGCAGAUUUGAAGGCCGGAGGGCGGGAGACUGGUGACCGCUCGUCAGCAUUGUUGUUGUCGUCAACAGAUGGUCAACGGGGUGGUGAUGAGGGUGUGCGAACGGCAUCAGAUGAGAUCAGUCGUAGGUUGAGGUCCCGUCGCUGCUCGCAUCAUCUGCGGAUCGCCACCAUGAUGAGGGCUCACGGGGGGAAGGGUAAUGGCAGUGGUACGAUACGGCGGCUUUGUCGUCCUGUCGUUGCAAUUCGUCAGGAUGAGAACCAUGAUAAGGACGAGUCUGGGUGGAGGUCCACGUUGAAGCGAGAGUUUGAGCAGUUGGAUCGCAGUCGAACUGGUGUUGUCGGGGAGGAGGGGCUGAGGAGAGCAGCGGAGAAGCUCAGGCUUCCCGUCUCUGACAAGGAGGUGCACAUGUUUGCGCAGAAGGCUGGCGAUCGGGUGACAUUCGACAAGUUUGUGGAGUUCGCCACGGGAAUAGAGGACCGCCUGCAUGCUACGUUCAGGGAGCUGGAUAGACGACACAUUGGCGUUGUGUCGAAGGAGGAUAUUCCAGAAGCCCUUAGAAGACUUGGCAUAACGCCGAGAAAAGUGUACCAGGACGAUCGGCUGGUCAGCCGCAGCGUAGGCAAGGCGCCUUCCCAGGGGUUUGGGUUAGAGGAUUUGCGGAUGUACCUUCUCUGGGCCAAGGAUGCUGACGAGGUGUUGAGUUCACGGGCUCGUGCUCGAGCAGCGAUCGACUUUGGUGGGGAUUUGGAUGCCAACAUGCCCCUCGCCUUGGAGACUCGUGCUGCCAGGCCCAAUCUCCGUGUUGAGCCGCAAACGAUGAGAGAUGUGCUGGCUGCGUCCAUCGCCGGUGCGGUGAGUCGAACCCUGGUGGCUCCCUUGGAGAGGAUGAAGAUUUUGCAGAUGGUGGAUCCCAGUCUGGAGAGGCAGGACCCUCGUGCCUUGUUGGACACCAUCCAAAUCGCGGAGGGUUACAGGGGUCUAUACAGAGGGAAUCUACUCAAUGUCCUUCGAUUGUUCCCAGCCAAGGCGGUGGAGGCAGCCGUCUACAGGGCGCUGGCAAAUCGGUUUGACCCAGCGAUGACUCGAGCAUCGCAAGCUGGGCGGGAGCGCCACCACCAGGAGGGAAUCGUACCUAAAGGAAGAACUGGGAAUAUGAAAGAAACUGCUGAACAGGGUUUUCUGCCAGACUGGCAGCGGAACAUGAUGGCAACUGUAGCAUCGACCGCCGGGAUCCUGACGUCCCAUCCCAUCGACACACUGAGAGUCGCAACUCAGGCGCCAAUCCGUGGCCUGGGGGCUGCGGGGGCAGCCGCAGCAGCCACGUUUCGACGAAGUGCGGGGGGACUGAGUGGGAAUGGCGGAGGGGUAGGAGGAGCAGGGGCAAGUGGAGGUGGGAUCGGAGGAGUUGGGGGGAACAGAAGGGGGGUGGUGGACACUGCAAGAGCCAUUUUGAAAAGGGGAGGAGCGAAGGGCUUCUACGCAGGAAUAGGGCCGCAUGUCCUUCGAGCCGUUCCGUACCUCUUCCUCGGUGGGUAUGUGUUCACCUCUUUGGAGCGCUGGUACAAGAAGAAAGUUGGCCGUCCUGAUGUGGAACUCGGUCCCAUUCCCGUUGUUCUGAUCGCCACCGCAGCCGCCCUGUGCGCACAGACUGCUUUGUACCCCUUGGAGACUGUGCAGCGCCGCCUGCAACUGCAGGCAGCCAUGGGGCCCGCUCCAGGUCGGGUGGCGUACUCGGGCAUGAUGGACGCGUUUAGGGACAUCAUCAGGAGAGAGGGAGCUGGUGCACUGUACUCUGGACUCGCCGUGAACAACAUGAAACUCCUCCCAGCCGCUGCCAUUUCUUUCGCCAUUCACGACAGUGCCCGGAAUCUUUGCGACGCCUACUAGGUCUUGACAAUGUAUGGUGAAUGCCAUAUGAUUGGCGUUUGGCAGGGGAUUCUUAGUGUUUCUCCCUCCGGGGUGCACCGUUUUCAGUUACAGGCAGAUUCACUCAGGUAAUAUGGGGAAGGGGUGAACUAUAUGGAGAGGGCUAUUAUGGGAAGGAGCUGGCUUAGGUCCCAAUAUCCUUAGAGCUGUUUCUUUUGUCCUCAUUUCCAGUCAGUGACUGAGUGGAUAUGUCUUCACCUCUUCGGAGCUCUGGUACAAGAAGAGAGUUGGCCGUCCUGAUGCAGAGCUUGGCCCUGCCCCCAUUGUUCUGAUCAUCACUGCGGCACUGCCACUCCACCGUCUGUCUUGUAUCCCAUAGAAAGUCUGCGGAUCAUGGCAACUGCAGGUAUCCAUGAGCCCCACUUCAGCGCAGCUCGCAUACUCUGGCAUGAUGGACAGCAUCAGGGACAUUAUCAGGAGCGUGUGAGUUGGAGGCCUGCACUUCUGAUUUGUCGUGAGCAACAUGAAGGGCCUUCCAGCUGUUCUGUUUCUGUUGCUAUCCACAAUUCUACCUAGAGCUUAUGUAUCGCUGUACUUGUUGUGAGCAACAUGAAGGUCCUUCCAGCGGUUCUGUUUCUGUCGUCAUCAACAAUACUAUCUAGAAAUUCUGUUGCCAUCAACAAUACUACGAACUUAUGUGGCUACUAGGAGUUAUAGGCCGGAAUUGAAAUGUGUUCUGUUGCUAUCCGCAAUACUACCCUGAGCUUAUGUAGCCCUGUACUUGUCAUUCACAACAUUGUCCUUCCAGUGGUUCUGUUUCUGUUGAUAAACAAUACCGGAACGG